UGCGGAUCUGUGAAAAAUGGCGGAUUCAGGGAAAGUUUCUGUUUCGUUCAUUUAGAUUUGAAUAGUACGUAUACAGAUCAGGUUGAUAGAUGUUUUAUCUCUGCAUUAGACUCUGUCAGUAUGAAAAUUUGACAUAUACUGGAUCUACCUGGUAUGAAUGAAGUAGCAAAUGUUGCUAGCGCUAAGGCUACAGACACUGACGCCAAAGCAAAUGGCACCGAAAAGACUGGAAUUGGAGGAGGUGGAGGUGGAGGAGAGCACAGUGGCAGUGGUCACAGCGACAAAUUUCUUCAACAGUCAGUUCCCCGCGGACGAGAAGUGUUGGCAGGUGAAGAAAAUAAGAAGACCUCGAGACAGUCUUCUCCUAGGCGUGACAUAGGACCCCGAGAAAAAGAAACACAGUCUUUUUCAUAUAGAGAUGGGAACAGAAAUAAUAGGGAAACGAUCACCUCCACCAGGAGAAGUUCGAGCAGAGGGGGUGGUGGUGGCCCUCUUGUUAAAGUUGGACCUGGAGGCAGUGGUGGUUCAAGUACAAGAAUGAAACGUACAGAUGAAAGAAAUCUUCAAAGUGGAAGUAUUAGGACUGCAAAGCGAGAUGAUCAACAGUAUCCCAGAAACAAACCACAAGGUGCUUUAACUGGAGCUGGGGGACCAAAUGAUAAGAAAGGUGAUCUAAAAGACAACAACAAAGGAUAUUGUGAGGAUCCUCUUGUAAAGCUCAUGAAAAGAAUAACUCGAGUGAAUUUUGACAAAGAAAGAAGACUUGUGUCAGCUCGCCAGUUGAAAGAAUACCUACUUGGAUUGGAUGCAAAGGCGACAAAGUCCUCAAAACAGAUUUUUGAUGCCAUGGACAGCCUCCAGAAUGUGUUGUAUGAAAGAUGCAGUAAGGAAUUGAAGACAGAGGUGUCAUCCUGUAUUGGUUUGCUUGGGAGUCGCUUGGGACAAGAUAUUCCAGGUUUCUUCGACUGGGUGUUCACAAAUGUGAAUGCAUCUGAUGUUGAUGUGAAGACACAUGUCUGCCGAUCUUUGUUAGAGAUGCUGAAGCAAGAUGAGGUUACUCAGAGAGCAAGAGACUGCAUGAUGAAUGUAAUGAUCAGCAUGCAGCAACUUCUGGAGUCAACCAGCUCAUCAAGCCUGCUUAUGAUGGUCAUUGACAUUAUUCUGAUGAUUGCGAAGGUCUACCCUCAUGUCUUCAGCUCAUACUUUGGGGAGGUGGCUGACAUUCUCAUUGGCUGGCUGAUUGACCCAACUCAAAGCAUGCUGCUCCUGGAGCACAUCUCGGCAGCUCUGGUACAGCUGCAGCCCUUCUGGAUCUCUGACAUCCAGUUCUCCGUCAUGCUUCUGGGCCAGUUCACUGAGGACCUGGAGAUUCUACUUGGACAGGAUUUGAACCAAGCCCUGGCGGACAAGUGUCAAGAAACCGUAAAAACUGUCUCAGAUAAGAUUGCUGCCAUCCUACGGGUCUUCUACACUGUGGUGCUGAGCCUGGGUGACUCUAUUGGGACGAUGAGGGGUGGACAGAUCACCAUGGAAUACCUGAUGCAGCUUCUGAAGAAACUUCUGGUCAACCUAACUCCAGCAUUAAAGUCAACCAAGGCAGAGAAUGUUGUCCUACUUGGCAAUGACUCUGUGCGUCUGCUGCUGCACCAGUUGUCGGCCGAGUGCGCCACAGCCUGCGGGGAGGACAUGCUGGAAUACGUCAUCUGCCAGAGCACAGACACCACAGUACGCACCGACUCUGUCAUUGUGUCUCUCCUCCGCUUGCUGCAGAAGGUAGUGGAAGUGUUUGGUACCCAGCUCCCAGAUGUGUUGCUGACAAAGUUACUGGGUCCAAGUUCUGCUUUGCCUGCGUGUCGAUUUUCACACUGUGCUCAAGUUUUGACGGAGCUGAUGGCCAUGUAUCUCUCGUUGUUGUCUUUGAAAAGUGUACCCCUUUUGGAAGAAGCUUACAGACUUGUGCUGAGUGAUAUGGAGGUUGCCUACAACACACUGCUGGUUGCUGGAAACAAGGAGGCCAUGCACCUAGUCAGUGGAGAGAAUCCCUUCAAGGAGUUUGUGUUUAGCAGACGGCAAGCUCAAUUGGCCAUCAUGUUUGACCUCGGGGCUCUCACAGAGAUCGCCAACACCAAGAGCAACCUGAUCGGGAUGUGGGCUCUCUCUCCCAGCAUCUUCAACCUGCUGUCUCGCCACCUGCGGGUCACAGACUGCUGGAUGAACACGCACCACUCUCAAGUGGUUUACACGACACUCCAUGCCUUCUUCUCACAUUGCAACAGACAUGGCAACUUUAUCUCAAGCAGCGUGCUUCUGUCGCCCCCGGGCCCCGUGGACUCCACCAGACUGGCCACCAUGAGUCAGGCCACCAGUCAGAACUUCUCGGAAAUUCUCCGCAUACUGGUCACCCUGCUGGACAGCUCCUGCACUGCAUUUGACUGUCGCUGCCUGCUGAUGAAAUGGUCCUCAGACAUUGUAGCCGCCCUUGCUGCAAUUCCCCAUGUGUACACGCUACCAGCUCUUCAUGAUUUGAUCAAUUCCGUCAUCCUGCAAGGGUACCACAGGGAACAGCAGAUCCUCCAGUGUUCUGCUCAAUGGCUGAAGACCAUCUUCAAAGCAACAACAAACUUUGAUCAUUCUGUUGUGAAAAAGUGUGCUGAAUUGUGUGUGUAUCGGAUCAGUGACACCCGCAAAACUGUAAGGGAGUCUUUCCUGUCCCUGCUGAAGAUAUUACCUCUUGACAAGAUCAUCAAUAUGGGCCUGUUUCAAGGAGAAGAAGAGUGGAUGUCCAGUGAGAGACGCAGCAAAGAAGUGGGCUUGACCUCUGUGUGGCAUGUGAGAAGGGCCCAUAUGGCCCAGGCUCCCUCAGGCCACUUUCACUCUCACAAUUUCAGGCACAUUAUGGCCUUCAUACUCAACGGGACUCAACCAAGCCAAAAUGGUAGCUUCCACUGGCUGGAGGCCAUGUACCAUGCCAAGCAAAGAAGCAACAGGCCCAAGGACAACUCUGAUUGCUCAGUUGGCCUCACUGACAUUAUUGACAACAACGAAUCCCUCCUGUGGUUCUGGGCCACCUGGGAGUGCGCUCAGUUUGCCAUUCUGUCUCGCCUUCGGACCCCACUGGGAAAAGCCCCGGAGACGUUCAUGGCCAUUGAGGGAGUGAUCAAGGCAUUUGCUGCAGAGUCUCAGAGCUUUGAGGCCACGGAGGAUGGGUCAGAUAGGCGGGACGGAGGCAGAGGUGAAAAGGUUGGAGAGUAUGUCUGCCUGCAGAGGGUCCAUCUCUUGAUGAAUUUCAUGAAACAUCUGGAGAAAUUGCUGUACAAUGCCUAUGAAGGGUGUGCUGUGGCUAUGCCACCAGUACACAAGAUUGUGAAAACGUUCUUCCGGACAAACCGCAACACAUGCCAAGAGUGGCUGUCCCGUAUUCGGAUGUCUCUGCUGACCAUAUCUGUCCACUGUGGCAUGUCUGCCCUGGCGGUGAGACAAGGUUUUGAGCUCCUGCGUGACAUGGAUGAUGCUGGAACCACACAGGGUCCUGUUUUUGAACAAGCUUUGGUGUACAUAGUGCAGGCUUUGUGUGAACUGGGAGCUCCAGAAAGUGUGCUGGGCAUCUAUAAUUGGUGUAGAGAGACCACAGGCAGAGCUAUGUCCUGGAUCCUUGCUGCCGCUGAAAAGGCUCACAAACGGUAUGAGAAAGCUGCGGUGGACUACAAGAGUUCUCUGAAGAUCAUGCUUAGUGAUCACAAUGAGGAGGACGAGGAAAACGAAGAGGGGCUCAGUCUCAGCCGCAUUUCGCCGCGUGACAGUCCGCGGAGAAAGCUGAGCAGCAGAGUAAAACCCAUGGAGUACCAGCAGUCCACUCUGACUUUUGUGGCCAAUCAGGUGACGGACAGCUACAUGCGUCUGUGUGACUGGGACUCUGUGAUGGAGUGGCAGGAGUGGCUCCUACAGCAGCAGCAGCAGCUCAAGUUGGAGUCGGGUUACAGCAAAGGGGGCAGCGUGCUCAGGAGCUCUGUCGACUCCAAUCUGAUCAAAGCCAUGGCGGAGUUUGAGUCUGGGAACCUAGAGGGCAUCAAGACAAACCUAGAGCUGGUGCCAGGCAUGAGCCUGACGGAAACCAACGGCCUGCGACCUGAGGCCAUCUGCGUUCUGUCCAGCUGGGACAUGGCGCACGAAGAAGAGCAGCUACGCAGGAUGUUCCUGCGUGCCUCUACCCAGCUCAUGGAGCAAACUGAAGUGCUGCAUAGGGUGGACUCUGUCCGCUGCAUCCAGCAGGCAGAGAGGCUGGGAGAUGGACUGCUGAGAGUGUGUGCAAUGGCCUGGCCCCCGGCCCUGCCCUCUGAUGGCCUCACGCAGCUGGCCUCGUUGGUGGCCCUCAGAAAACAGCUAGAUGACAAAAAGAACAAGACAAGUCUGCUGCCCCUGUCACCGAGGCUAGACUCUGGAGUAGAUGAUGUGACAGUCUACAACCAGCUCAUCCGGACUGUUCAGUUACAGAGUCGACUCCUGGGCUGUGAUAAAGAGGAAGGCUUGGAGGACCAGCUGUCAUCCCUGAGACUGGCCGUGGCCAAUGUGGCUCGCAAACAGCUCAAUACGGCCACAGCAGAGGAGAUCCUGCUGAAACAGUGUCGGUCGGCCCUUGACCUGAUUCAGCCGGAGGGCUCAUUGCUGGCUAGUUUGACCAAAGUUCGGCCACUGGCUGUGUGUGGCAGCCCCAAGCAGUUGGAAAUGAUCAAAUUGCAGAGAGAGGGGGCCAAACUUCUGAGAAUCUCUGGCAACAAAGAUGGGUCGCUGGAGGUGCUCUCUGGCAGCGUGGUGGCCUCAAGCUGGCCUUUAGAUGGCGCCGCGAGCUGGAUGCUGGACGCAGAGUGUGCUCAGCUCAAUGCCAGGUCUCUCCUCACCCUGGUCAAGUGGCUGCAGAUGGAGUUCAGCAAGAUGAAUGAAGUGCAGGAAGAGGCGCUCAUGAACAACGCUGUCAACUGCCCCAACUGGGUGUCCUCGCUCAACAGUCUGCUAGAACUGGAGCGCGUGGCGGUCAAUGGGGGCCAGGCAACCCUGCUUCAGAGAGGAGACUCCAUUGGUUCUAGUCCACUGCUAUCCAAGUCAGAGAGCAUACUGGGCCGUUUGCUUCACUUGAGCAGCAUGCAAAGUCCCAGCCUAGGCAAGGCGUGGUUCUCCCUGGCUGCCUGGUGCUACAAGUGGGGACGCAAGACAGUUGACAACGCCAGCAACGGCUAUGUGAAACUGUCUGCUGAGGAAGAAGCACAAGUGAUCCAAAUUCUACCACAGGACACAACUGGAGGUGAGGAGAAAGAAGUUUUGUCCAUCCUGAGCCACAUUCACAACCAGGAGAGCAGCGACGAGGACAUCAUGGACCAAGACCAGAGCAUGUAUGAUGAUGGAACUGACACAGUGAGGAAGCGCCUUCUGGCCUGUUCGCUUUCACUGAUGGGGCCAGCAGACCCAUGUGUUGAGAAGCUGAUAUCUGUGUGGCGUGGUGUGGUGAAGAGAGUCUAUCACUACUACCAGCUCUCUGCUAAGGCUUAUUUCACCUACUUGCAUGUGAAUGGCUUGAAUGAAGGUCAGAACAAUGAGGGUGGAACCAUCACCUCGACCCUGCGCCUGCUUAGGCUGCUGGUGAAGUACGCCUCUGAGCUACGGGAAGUGCUGGAGACUGGACUGUCGCAGACACCCACGGCUCCCUGGAAAGGCAUCAUUCCUCAGUUGUUUUCUCGCCUGAGUCACCCCGAGAGCUAUGUACGCCAGAGCAUCUCGGAGCUGUUGUGCCGCAUCGCCUUAGACGCUCCGCAUCUCAUUGUCUACCCGGCUGUGGUAGGAAGCACGUCCAAGAUCCAGGUCAAGCUGCCAGGACAGAAAGGUUUCCUCAAGUCCUACUUGUCCCAAGAUGAUGGUGCGGAGGACAAAGAUCUGGAGAUUCCAGUUGGCGGUGAAGAGGAUGAAGAAGAAGAGGAAGAGUUGGAUGAGGGUUCCAGCCCUGAACUUCAGGCUUGCUUGUCUUCCAUUGUUGAUGCCUUAUCAAAACUAAAUCCUCAGAUGAUAGCCGAGGUCCAGCUGAUGGUGCAGGAGCUUCGGCGUGUGACCCUGCUGUGGGAGGAGCUGUGGCUGGGCACUCUGAACCAGCAGCAGACGGACGUGCAGCGACGCCUGGCCCAGCUCAGCACGGAGAUCAAGCGAGUGGAGGGGAACAAGUCGCUCAGCAAGGCCAUGAAGGAGACUGUUAUUCGGGAGAAGCAUCGCACUAUCAUGAAGCCGACACUGUACACCAUGGAGCACUUGCAUGAAAUCACCUCCCAGGCAGCUCAGACGCCACAGGAGCGGAGGUUCCAGGCUGCGUAUGGCAAGCAAAUCGCUGCUGCCUUGCAGAGACUGAGGGAUCCACAAGACCCUGCCAACCCACAUGAUACGUGGGCUUUGUUCAAAAGUAUCCACCACAGCCUCCAGCAGCGUGCCCAGAAGAGGAACAGCCUGCAGCUGAAGAUGGACGAGAUCAGUCCUAAGCUGGCCAGCCUGAAGAGCUCUGUGAUCCCCAUGCCUGGGCUCACGUCUGCUGGGAAGGUUGUGACUAUUGAGGCUGUACACAAUUUUGCUCAGAUUCUGCCCACAAAGACCAAGCCGAAAAAGCUCAUUUUUAUUGGCUCUGAUGGAAAAAAACAUCCGUAUCUGUUCAAAGGACUGGAAGAUCUGCACUUGGAUGAGCGCAUCAUGCAGUUCCUGUCCAUUGUCAAUGACAUGUUUGCCUGCAAUAAAAAGAAUGAGAGUCGGCACCAGUACCGGGCUCGUCGCUACUCCGUGACUCCUCUGGGACCUCGCUCAGGCCUGAUCCAGUGGGUGGAGGGGGCCACAGCGUUGUUCAGCCUCUACAAGAAAUGGCAGCAGCGCGAAGCUCUGGCUCAGAGUCUCAAGCCGUUGAAUCACGGCGGGGCUGGCGGGAACCCUGCGCUGCCCGCACCUGUGCCCACCAUCCCUCGCCCGAGUGAGGUUUUCUACAGCAAGCUCACUCCUGCUUUGAAAGAGAAAGGUAUUGAGAGCUUGGACAAUCGCAAGGAGUGGCCUAUGAGUGUCUUGCGUAAAGUUCUUGAUGACCUCAUGGAUGAAACGCCAGAUGAUCUACUGGCCAAAGAGCUGUGGUGCUGCAGCUCUGGUGCCGGUGAGUGGUGGCAGAUGACCCAAGCCUACGCACGCUCCACGGCCGUUAUGUCCAUGAUUGGCUACAUCAUCGGCCUUGGGGACCGCCAUUUGGACAAUGUACUGGUGGAUUUGGCGACUGGAGAGGUGGUCCACAUUGACUACAACGUGUGCUUUGAAAAAGGAAAGGGCCUGCGUGUUCCUGAGAAAGUUCCUUUCCGCAUGACAGCCAACAUCGAGACUGCUCUUGGGCUCACGGGAAUUGAGGGCACGUUCAGAGUUUCCUCCGAGCACGUGAUGAAGAUCAUGCGCAAAGGCCGCGAGUCGCUCCUUACGCUGCUCGAGGCCUUCGUCUAUGAUCCUCUGGUGGACUGGACCACAGGUGGUGACGCAGGCUACACGGGUGCCUUCUACGGUGGCGAGGGACCGCAGGGCGGGGUGGCUGGAGGUGGUGGGGACGCACGUCAGAGCAAGCAACAGAUGGAGCGUGACAUCACCACCAGCAUGUUCUCCAUACGCCUCGCCGAGAUGGACUCAGCUUGGGGGAAGAACAAGUCUGAUCUUCUGUCUCAACUGCCUGUGCUGUCGGCUGGGGUCAAGGAGUGGCUGCGCACCUCUGACCAGCUGGGAGAGACCAUGACCCACAAAGAAAGCCUGCAGCAGGAACAACAGAUGUUGACCGAGGCCCAGGGUGACCCGCACCAUAACCUGCUGUCUUUGUCGGACAGAUACUCGGACUACAUGGUGUUGAAAGCCACAAGAGAUCAUGUGAUGGAGGCCGUGGGAGAAAAGAUCAACGAGUACAGCAACUGGCACAAAGUGCACAGUGUGUGCCUGGAGAAGCUUCAGGGUCUGUCGUUCAAGACUUUGUGUGGAGACGUGUCUUCCCCACUGGAGCUGGGACCUCCAAGUUUUGCUGCUUCCUCGGCCUUUCUGCAGAGUGCUGGACAGUCACAGAUUAUAUCCCAGUGUGAACAGCUGGAGGCAGAGAUGGUGUCUGCCAUAGAGCAGCGGCGCUCCCUGCUGCAGAGUGUCAUCAAGAGCCUGCUCCUCUACAGCAACAUUGUCUCACAGUUUGGUGUUGUAUAUGCUGAAGACAACCGAACAUACAAGUUCUUAGGAUGGCUACAGGAACUGCUUAGCAAUUUCACAUCUCAGAAGUGUGAGGAAGUCCUGAGCCAGUUCCAAGACUCGUACAGCCCGGCCCCGGUGUCGCAGAUGAGCAAAGCCCAAACUGUCAUGGCGAUGGAGACAAAACUGCAGAAUGUACUCACUGAUACCAACAGCAAACUGAUGAAGUUGAUAGAGCGACGAGGACAGGACAACCAGGAGACUCUAGCCUUGGAGAUGCAAGUGCAGGAGGCAGAUGAAGCCAUCAAGCUUUUUGUUUAUGAAAAUGGCGUGGAAGGAGAGCGCAGCCUGAUGUCUGUGAUUGUGUCUGCUCUAUACACCCUCAACAAGAGAUACCUGCUCAUGGAAGGGGCUGCUGCAGGGGCUGGAGACAGACUGAUGGACCUGACUUCUCGGGAUGGCGACUGGUUCCUUGAUGAACUCUGCAGCAUGAGCGGCAACGUGAACCAGUUCCUGGAAACUCUCAACCGCUACUCUCAGAUUGUAGACCUGGUCCAUGUGAACAGCCUGCAGCAGAGCCUGAGAGCCACGCACAAAGUGUACAUAGCCCUACAGGAUCUGAACAUGAAUUUCCGCUCCAUCAUCCUGCCGGAGGCGGUCAAGCUGUCGCAGGCCAGCGAUCCGCACUUCCUGUCCAUCGUGACGAGACUGGAGAAAGUGAUCAACGGUAGCAGCCUCCCUCUGGCCACCAUGGUCAGCCAGCUGGAACUUUUGCAUCGCAAUGCCAUCAUGGGAAUACAGGAUGAGAAGCCGACAGAUCUCCUGAGUGAGGUGAAGUGGCUGCAGCAAGAGUUUGCCACUCUGCUCCCCUCGGGAGGGGCUAGCGCACAGCAGGGAGGGAUUGUGGACCAGCUGACCUCGGGCCAGAUGCUGCUCAUGGGCUUUAAUGGGCUCUUCACCCGCCUCGAGUCGGAUUUCGCUGAGCUGCUGGACGGCAUGGAGUCCCUGGAUGUGCCGGUCGUGUGGAAGAAAGUGGACACAGUGAGGGAGGCCAAGUCCAUGCAGCUGUCGACGUUCAACGAGACCACUCGGCCAAUACUGAACAGUCUGUUCUUCCUCAAAAGACUCCAAGCAAUUCAGGAAUUUCUUUACAUGGCUACUCAGUUUGCAGCUGCUAUCCAAGGCAUCAGUGGUGGAGCUAUCUUUGAUGAAGAGCAGAUGGCAAAGCCGGUCAAGAAAUUUGUUGCUGACUUUGUGAGGAAGCAACUACUGGGAUUCCCGUCUCAAGUGCUGGGGUACAUCAUUUGCGUUUUCCUCGGAGGCCUGGGUGUGAACGUCCGUGCUGAAAUUGAGCUGAAGGACAUUGGGGCAGAGUGGAAGGUGCCUUUGGACGCCCUGUGCAAGAAGGGCAUGGAGACCUGUUUGACCACUGGUCAGUUUCAGCAUCGCCAUUUGACCGCCAUCACAGCUCUGACCAGCAACCUGGACACAGCCUGGAGGAAGUUGGAUCUAGCCAAGCGUCUGGAUACACACAUCCUGCUGAUGAAGAGCCAAGUGCAUCGAUGGCAGCCACAGCUGUCCCGUUACCAGUGGCUGCACGAGGAUGUCUUCACCCAGUCUGGCCGGCAGACGGGACAGUUGGUGCACCCAGCCAGAGCUUCAGUCAUGUCAGAGAUGAAGAAGACGACCCAGAGAGUGCUGUCUCAGGAGACGGUGCUGACCUCCUGUCAGGAGCACUACUCUCAGAUGGAGACCAGCAUCAGCCAGAGACUGCGGUGGGCAGCGGGAGCCAACCCCUCACUCAAUACCGUGCUCAGCAACUUUGAGAAUGCCAUCAGUUAUCGCAAGAAGUUUAUCGAGGAGGAGGGCAAGCGAGUGUCAGAGGCCACCCAGCUGUGCCAGAGCAUUCUGCAUCUGGAGGCUUUGCGCACACACACACAGGAGGCCAGUGCUACGGACAAGCUCUUCAUGCAGCUCCUCAAUAAGUGCUCCGAGUGCUGUAUGCUUCUGGAGUCCACCAGCAGCUCUGUGUCUGACCAAGAGCUGCAGAUUCUCAGCAUUAAGGAUUUGGAGAAUGGAGAAAAGUCUGACGUCGUCUGGAUGAAGAAGGCUGAGGAGGCUGUUGAGAAUGCCGUCACUGAAGCCCAGAGGAACAUAGAACAGAUUGCCCACAGCCUUUCUGACUGUCAGAGAGACAUCAAAGAGGCCGUGCUUGCUAUCAAGAGCCACCUCACCACCCACCACAAGCUGAUGUCUGAUAUCCGCUCUAUUCUCAAGACCUUGGCAAAGUUGGAAGAGCAGGACCAGGGAGAGGAGGUUCUGCCGGGCAGCAUCCGUGCCUACCUGUCGGACUACAAGACCUUCUCCGAGCGCAUCACUGCCACCCUCAAGGCUGUGGUGGGUGAGGCGGUCACCCGCGAGGACAUGUCCCAGAGCAUCGCUGACCUAGAAGCCGUGGAACAGCAGCUGGAUGGAGUUUACGACAGCCUGACAGAGUUUGCGCCUUCCAUUUUGAGCAAGGUUGCUGAGGAAGGGGAGAGUUUAUCUGAAGGCAGGAGGGCCACGCCCCAGACCAGGGAGAGAGAUUCCCCAUCACUGGUCACCAGUACAGCCAUGACCACCUCAAAACCACAAGGGAAGAAAGAGAAAGAGAAACUGGUUCGUGAUCCCAAGACAGGCAAAGCUCUUCAGGAACGUAACUCAUACGCUGUCAGUGUUUGGAGAAGGGUCAAGAUGAAACUGGAGGGAAGAGAUCCAGACCCAAACAAGAGGAUGAGUGUGGCUGAGCAGGUUGAUAUGAUUAUCAAAGAGGCGAAGAACCCUGACAACCUGGCUGUACUCUACGAAGGCUGGACUCCCUGGGUAUGAGUUGGUCAUCGAGCUGAACCUGCCCUCAUCGGCAGAGUGGAACCUGUCUAAAGCAGCGGCAAACUGGAUGGAAGGAGGUGGAGGAAGAUGUGCGGGCUAGCCACCGUCUGCUACCUCCCCACCCCAUAACCAAUGUCGUUCGUGCUCAUGAUGGAAAAUUAGGGAAGGGGGGGAAGGGAGAAAAAGAAAAGAAAGUGAAAAGUCAUUAUUUCUCCUACCCUCCAGCCCUUCCCGGAUUCCCCACCCUCUAGCACUGUUCUCUCGGAGAAACUUGUUCUUCUUCUGACCGUCCCACUUUCAGCUCUGACAGUUGAGUCUUGUUCAGAUGGGAUUGGACCAACACUUGUACCACAGAAGAAGCGAUUUACAGUUUGAAUUACCAGAGAUUCAGGCCUCAGGGCCGGGGGUGCUGUUGAGCCGUAAUGGGAGACCCUGCUAUUUUGAAUACUCUCCCUUAAAAUCUUUUUCUGCCUCGCAGAUGAUUUAUAUCAUAAUUAUGCUACUGUUGAAAGAAGAAAUGAAAUGGUGAUGACGGUCGGUGAUGAUGAGGAUCCUUGCAAGGUGUAAGGAUGGAAGGAUUGAUUUUUAAGAGCUCGUAUAUAAAGGCAGAAGGUUGCCAAAGCGAAACACACUCUGGGCCUGCCCGAUGGGCCCAACAGAAAGAGUGGCUUUUGGUGAACCAGAUCUGCACGGAUUUAAGUAACGGUGUAACAUCUGCUCAUUUUUUGUCAAUGAAGACCACUCUAAUCAUAUUUAAGAGACCUGUCCAUGUGUGUGCAGCUGAAGACUUCCUUGAUUACUUUUGUCUUUUUUAUGUGAAAAAAAAAAUUCUUUCAAAUUUAUAUCCAUUUUAUUUUUACAAAUUUUUGUUUUAUUGUAGGGAAAUGAAAUUGAAGACUAAGUUACAGUAGCUCUGAAAGUUUUCCCCAGAUAGGUGUAUGUAUUGCAGAAAGGAUAAACACAAUCUUUUAAUUUUGUGACUUUUUUUGGUUCGCUUCUUUAUGUUUGAAUGAAGAAGGUUUUAGUUUUGAGGUUGAUAAUGAAUUUGGGGCAGAGGAAGGAUGGAGCAAUGGUCCCACAUCUUUCAGAAAAUCUAAAAGGUUUCACAUAGGCAAUUGUGAUCAUGGAACUUUUUGUGUACAUUUUAGUCAUGGUUCGCACAGUCUGGUAAUCCUGGUUCAUUAUUUUCUGUUUUUACCGUUGUUAUUAUUGUCUGUUCUUUUUUUCCCCCCUUUAGUGUGUGUCAAUUGUAUGGUUGCUUAUCACCCUUCCUUUUGGUGCUGUCUUCCCAUUUCUCUGUGGGUCUGUCCUUAAUCUUUUGAGGAAGACUGAAGUGUUGCUCUUUAUGCAGUAGAGAAUAAACAUUCAUGUCAUGGGGUCAGUAGACUGAGCGUUAAGAAUUUCUUUUAACUCACAUUUUCCGCACACAUCUUUAUAGACAGAGUAUCUUAAUCAGCAUCAAAUCCAUGUUUGGUCGAACUCUAGGACUGGCACAUUUUUGUUUAUGUGUUGUUCUCUGUACGGCCUUUUUAUUUUGCUGGGAUUGAAAUAGUAUGACUUCAAUAAUGGGUCUUGGAAACGCCUGACAGAAAUGUCCAUUAUUGUUUGUGUAAUAAAGAUCAGAUCAUAGUUUCAACACAGUUAGAUGUUGCUCGUUCGGUGCGAAUAAAUUUCCUGGUCAAACUCUUCAUGUGCGUAGAGGGUUUUCAUUCUGAUCGAACCCACCCCUGGGAAUGAACUUGUACAGUGAUAGGAUGGGUUGCAAAAGUACAUGUGUAUCAUUUUCUAACUACUGGGCCCACAUCAAAACUUUUGGUUUAUGGGUUUAGACUUGAAAGUUGCAUUCAUGGGUGUCCACUUCAGAUGCAUUGUAAAAAGUAUGAAAAUAAACUAUCGAAGUUAAUAGCCACUCAGCAACAACAACAAAAUAGUUGCAGUGUUCUAGACUAUAACACCCUUCACAUUGAUGUGGAACUAACUUUUUCAUACUUCAACCCGGAGCAAAAGUGAAAGCAGCAAAAAAUGGUAUACUUUCUUUGCAGUAUUCAGGUCUAAGAUGAGGGUUAGAACGAGGGGGGGGGGGGGGGGGAAUGUUACAUGGACUAACCUGAACAUAGAUAUAGAUCUAUAAAAACAAAAUGAAACUUUAAUCACAGUAUAAUCCAAAACGAAAAUAGCCACUAUGUUUACAUUUCAGGAUCAGUUUUUUGUCCCAUGUAUCCACUUUUUGUCUUCGGUCAUAAUGAUCUGUAACCGUCACAAACUUGAUGCAGAAAAUCAGCUAUUUGGGAACAAAUUUCAUCAGAUCUAGCCUUCACGCUCGAACAGACGCUCCAAAAUGAAAGUACGAAGAGAAAUAGAGCUAUUUUCCUCAUAACCAGGGUUGAUGUGGUAAAAUUUGCGUGUAUUUAUUAAGGGUCAGUGUAGAGAGCCACUGUCGGCUACCUCGCACGAAGCCACUCCCACCGGCUCAUACUGGGUCAACAAGUGCUUCUUUUUUUGUUUUUAAUAGUUGUUUUUUUCCUUUCUGUAAACCACAGCAACUUCCUUGUGGAGUCUUUCCCACUGUCUGCUUGUUAUAUCUGUCUCGGAGACACAGCACAGUUCAUGGUUUUUGCUUUACUUUGUACUCAUUGCUUCACUACUUUGUCCUCAUCUAGCACAUUCACUUUGUUCAUCAACGCUCAUUUACUAGGAUCAAUUUUUAUUUAUUCCCCCCCCCCCCCCAUCACCGUCAGAGAAGUAAACAGAAUAUUCAGGUCUUUUCCUCGUAGUGUUGUUUCAUGGUUGAUCUUAUAUAUAUCCUCUUGUGUCAGUGUCAAGACUGUUGACUAACAUAGGUGGAGGAAGCUGACUGCAACAUCUGUAAUGGCCUUCUCAAAGGUUGUUUUAUAUCUGUUCCCACCCCCCAUACACACACUCCCACAGACACACACACCCUUUCUCAUAUCUCUCUCUCUCUCGCUCUCUUUGAACAGGUUGGGGGUUUACCCAGACUUGUUUCCCCUCUCCACUGUUAUGAGAACCUGACAUACUCAUCUUGUCCAUAUAUUAUUACACUCAAGAAUAGCUGCUAGGCCAAACAUGGGCUAGGCUCUGGUAUUGUUCCAUCUUAUUGGACGGUUACAUGUAGUGAAAGGGCAAUAUUCAUGCAUUUGUGCUUAAAGGGAAGAAAGGAAAUUUAUUUAGAAUCGUUCAAGUAUCCUGACUUACGCAGAUUCUAAGACUUUUGGCACAGAAGAAUUUUGAAAAAAAAAUGCUCAUGCUUGCCUUCCUUCCAACAUGACAAUGAACUUUUUAUGAAAUGAAAAAAAUAAAAAUCCCAACCAAAGUCGUUAGUUUUGCCAUUCACAUCUAGAACGUGCUUGAAGUAUAGAUUUUAGAGUACAGAUUAUUGACAAAAGCAACAAUUGUUUUUUGUAAAAUAUUGAUUAUUGUCUUAAGAAAUCUUCUUGAUGUGUCUUGCUUUUGUGCAGUGGUAUUUUCUGUGCACAUGUUAGGCUAAAUGAUGACUUUAUUGAAUGGCAUUUUGAAGCUCAAUCUUACAUCUGUGGCUUUUUACAGUGUUGUUUAUAAAACUAAUGAAAUAACUCCAUCAUUUAGAUUCCAAAUUGAUAAUCUAAUGACAUAGUUUGCAUUAGAAGAGGCAAGGCAUAGUUAAUAGACCUCUGAAAAAUUUGAAAUUAUAAAUAUAUCGUCCAUUAAAUUGAAAAUUUGGUCAAUGAUUUCCCAUUGUUUGUAUGGCUCAUUUCCUUUGUUUCUGAUUGGAAGGUUCUUGCUUUUUCAUUUGCUUAAUCAUUUCUUUUUAUUGUUAUUGUCACACUUAUCCAAUGAUGUUGUGCUAUGCUUCCCUGGGUCCUGUGGAAGAGUGCUUAAGAUUCACUUUAUUUUUGCUGUUUGGAUUAAGGUUGCGUUUGUGGACAAGUAUGGCAUUUUGUUGAUUGUCUGUAUUUUGUACACCUUUUUUUUCUGCCCACUUUAUGAAUUUUGUCAUUGUCAAGCUUUUGUGUUCAAUAUUGUCUUUUUUUCCCCCCCACAUGUUUCUCAGUUCGAGUAAAUUUUCAUCCAUAUAUAUAUUAAUAUUAUGUUAGUUGUUGGGUUUUUUUAAGCAGGAAAGAGUUGAAGGACUUUCCUUGCAUUAGUACUUUUGAAAAUGAAAAGGUAGAACAUGGCAUUAUUGCAAAGGCCAGUACUGCAAGGGAGUUUUACUCCUCAGUUUCCUUUAGGAGAUGGUUAAUGAGUUGUGACACCCCUGUUUUGUGCUGAUUCUCAUUAAAAAUUAAAAAUCCAAAAUUGUCAUAGGCAAAAUUUCUUAAUGGAUUAUGUGAAAGUGUAGCGGAGUGUACCCUGAAGCAUGCAGUUGUGUAAGUAUCAUAAAUAAAUGUGUUGGUGACAUUACUUUGGUUUGAACCAUUGCUUUUUUAUCAACUCCAGUUCUAAGUAUGUGUGCCAUGUCUCUCAGAAUAGAAACUUCUGUUUGCUCAUACUAUGCACUCACUGACUCAUAUUGGAAAGAAAGGUCACCUUUAUUUUUCCAUGUGUUGGUCUGUUUUGAACGUUUCUGCAUUAUGACAUUAUUGCUGUUCAACAGCAGUGUUGCUCCACAAUCGCCCACAUCUAUUUCGGGGGGGGGGGAGGCUAGAUAAAGCCAUUCGAAAAAAGACACUAAGAGACGAGACAUCUUACAAAAUAGCUUCGUUCUUUCUUGUUAAGUACUUCCUAGGUUGGUUUUUUUACAGAAAUAAUUAAUGCCUUUGUCGUGAUUCUGAUUUGGAGGCUUUCUUUUUCUUUAAUUUUCUCAAUACUUCCAAAAUGACUUUGGAGCUUGUGGAAUAAUGCCAAUGAUAUGCAAUGUUCUCUUGCUUCCUAAAUACAUUAGGGUAAAAUUUUCAUGUGCGGAAAUAUGGAAAGCAGUCUUUAAGCAUUGUUUUGUAAAUGGCUUUGAGAAUUUUUAGUAGGUGAAAACACUUAAGUCUGUGCUUUAGAAGUUGUCAGGGAAAAAAUCAACAAUCAACUUAAAAACCAUCCUUUCUCUCUUUAUUUCCUGUGUGGUUUGGCCCUUUCUCAAAAAGGGCAACUUUAUAUCCAAAACAAAUUUUACAAAAUUCAUUUUGAGCAAAGCCCACUGUAAGAAUGAUUUAAAAUCUAAUAUAUUGAGAGUUUAUGAUGACGUGAGAGGACAUAGACAGAAAAGUUUCUUAAUGAUUUUCUAAGUAAGGGAAUAAUUGCACUUGCCUGUUGUUAUUUUUUUUAUCAAUAUAAUUAGUGUGUUGUAUCACUACAUGUUUGUGUCUUUCCUCCGGUUUUAGCUUGAGAGCCAUUUGUUAUGGAUAAGCUACUUUGCAUGAGGAAAGUAUUUCCAUAUUUAUUUUCAAAGCUUCAUGAAACCAACCAAUCAGUAAAAGCUGUGUUGUUGUUGGGUUUUUUUGGUGGGUUUUUUUAAGCCCUCUGCAAUUUUUAUGUUAAUGCUUGGUGUUAUAAUAGCUCUCAUGUUUCCUAACCUUAUUUGGAUCUUACUUUUGGGAAUUGCAAAUUAAAUAAACGUUACAUUCUUUACUCUAGAUACAGUGAUUUUCUAGAACAUUUUCUUUUCAAUUGUACAAGUUCAUAUAAAGAGUCUCAGUCCAGAAGUGUAAAGAGUACUUAUGAUGAAACUCAAAUGUACCAGAAAGUUUUUUUUGGUUGAUUCAAUUUUACUUUAGAAAACAGGAAUGAGUUAUUGAUCCUCAUAUAUUAGUGUAGUUCUCACUGUUUACAGGAAUGUCCUAACUCAAUCAAAAUGUAAUGUUUUACCCUCUCGUUUGUAAUUCCUUCCAGUGGCAGGCACAUGUUAAGUGUGUACGUUUUGUUUUGCCCACUGAUUUGCCUAUUUGUUUAGCAGAAUAUAAAGGUAUAAUAUUAUAUACCUAAAGAAACAAAAUUGAAAAGGAAAUUUGAGGGGGGGGGGGGGGGGGGGGAAACGAUAUGGUAUCAAAUCUAAACAUGGAUAUUAUUUUGGAACUGGUUAAGUAUUUAUAGAAUAGAGGCAUUCCGUUGAGUUGAUGAAGCGGCUCAUCGUUGUAAUGAGGAAGAUGCUGAGAUAAUCUUUUGGUCAGCUGUGGUGAAUGAGUAAAUUAUUCUUGUUUUUAUACAAAUGCAGGAUGGUGUCAAUAUUCUCACAGAAAUUUCCAAACUGUUAGAAGUUACAGUGCACCGGCUUGAUUAUUUUUUGCUUCAUUGUUUAACAAUUUCUCCUGGUUCCUUAUUAUAGCUUUGGAGCAGUGGUCGUGCAUGGAAAUUCAUAUUUUUUCAGUUAAAAAACUAUUGCACAUUUUCCUAAUGGGUGGCUGUGUAAUGGGGCCUUAUUUGGUCGUAUUUUCUUACUUUAAAAAUAACUUUUUAAAAAGUUAUCUGGAAAUAAUCACUCGGUCACUGAAAUUAUGUACAUGGUCCAGCGAUUUGGUUGUCCAGUUGUGAAAAUAACCUGAAGGAAAACUUUGCUGUCUCCAAACAGGUCAAAAUAAAGGAAAUUGCCUUCAGCCUUCAGUUUUAAAAAAAUGAAUUGGACGGAGGGAAAAAUAUUUGUUGUAAGUUGUGGUCAGUAGGUAGAUCUAUGGGUUUUUUUCCAUUUUUUUUUUUUUUUUUGGAUGUUCAGAUUUUGUCAUUGAGGUAGAAAGACCCAAAUCAUUAAACAUUUCCAUCAGUUACAAACAAUUUAACUCGUUUCACUGUCUAAGAAUCAAUAAGAAGGAGACAUACAUUUCCAGUUGGGAAACUCAAAAUUGAGACUUGAACUCAACUCUGUUUCUUUUUUCUCUUUGCUGCAGAGAUAUAUGCGUACUUACUUCUACCGCCACAUGCUAUAAUUGUAUUCAUAAUAAAGUUUUCAGUUAAUUUUCUGUUCA